AUGUCCAAACGGCGAACAUCACGGAGCUCUCAUCAGAUGGCCCACACCGGCCAGUCACAUGACCGUGUAUCCCGCGGCCAUCGCAACACCAUCCAAGACGAUCAUUUGCGUGGCGGCACCAAGCGGUCUGCCAACCUUCACCACGCCUCCAAAAUGGUCGACAUUGUCCCUCUCUCAUCUUUCCCCUCCUACAUCGACCUUCUCCCCUCAAUUCAAACCUGCAACAUCACCAACCUCCCCGAGAACUACUUCCUCAAAUACUACCUCUACCACGCCCUGACAUGGCCUCAACUGAGCUUUGUAGCCGUUGUUCGGCCCAAGAACGGUUAUAAAUCCGGGUCUGGACCUGGCAUGGCGGGUGAUAUCUCCGGCCAGUAUCCCAAGGUGGUGGGGUAUGUUCUGGCGAAGAUGGAGGAAGAGCCUACCGAUGGUGUGCAACAUGGUCAUAUUACGAGUCUGAGUGUGAUGCGCACGCAUCGCAGGCUGGGAAUUGCGGAGCGCCUGAUGCGCAUGAGUCAGCGCGCAAUGGCCGAGUCUCACCGUGCGCACUACGUCUCCCUGCACGUCCGCAUGUCCAACACUGCCGCUCUGCACCUAUAUCGCGAUACCUUGGGAUUUGAGGUCGAAAAGGUCGAGAGCAAAUACUACGCCGAUGGCGAGGAUGCCUAUGCCAUGAAAUUGGACCUGCAGAAGCAAUGGUUGGACUGGAAAUCUAUUGAGAAACGUGACCGUGAAAAUGAAAAGGCCAACGGCAACGGCGAGGAAAAUGCUGACGAAGGAGACGAGGUUGGUGAUCUGGGCAAGAAAGAGGAUGGUAAGGAAGGCGAGAAGAUGGUCAAGGUGAAGGUUGGUCGCGGUUUGGGUGUUGGUGAUCUGGUCGAGAGAAACGAAAGCCAGCAGUCAUAA